AUGGCAAGCGAAAUGAAGGACACUCACGGAUCGCGUCCGCUGGCGAACGAACGUACGUAUUUCGUUCGUAAAUUUCUUCACCACGCGUGAAGGUUAAGAGGCACAGUCGCGUUCGACGUCCGCGAUUUCAUUCUCCAUGUGUACGGGGGCGUGUGUAGUCGUGUGACAAACACGAACAUGCAUCUUUCGCUAGGUGCGUACGUGCGCUUGUAUUCUUGUUUACUCGCGUCUCGUGCCAUUUUCUUUCAACACUGGCCGCUCGAACGUGUCGGCGACACUUCCUCGUUCAUGUUAAUUCGAUUUGUGCUCCACUUUGGGAAAGCGGAUUACAAACUUCUCGAAAAGAGGUGACUUGUGUCCGACAAACACACUCACGUACGUCGUCUCGAGAACGAUUUUCUCGAUAGAAUCGAGAACCGCCAUGAUCGAAAUAACUCUGCGAAUUAUCUCAGAAUGUUUGAACGUCUUUUCGCCAUUUUCCCUCUUUUUUCCAGAUAUCCAGGGGAAAAACUUUCGAGUCGCAGACUAUUGAACGGCAGGUAUCUUUCUAAAGUGCGAACCAUGGAGAGAGCGCAGGCAACUACGUACAUAGAGGGUGACAACCAUCUUUUGGACUAUUGGGAGGAGUAUGAAAAAAUGAUGGAAGAGACCAAGUUGUUGGAUGAUUACCUGGAAGAGGAAUGUCCACGCAAUUACGACGAUGGCGAGGAGGAAGCGGAAUGGUUGCGUACAGCCGGCUUGGGACAGCUGACGGAGGCGUGGAAGGCUGGAAGAGAGGUCCAGCCGGACGAGUUGGGCAUAGCGUUGCGCCCGUUGUCGCGGGCACAGGCCGAAGCGGUGAAACGUCGCGUUAAGUCGUUGAAUCACACGGUGAAGCAGCGUUUCAACCAACGGCAACGCGUUCGCAAGCCAGACAUCAGGGACGUCUUUAAAGACGUGGAGGCAUCCAGCACUGGAACGAGAUCACGUAGCGCCACGCCCGACUCGCUGGAUUCCGUGACGCCGGAGAAUGCCUCGCCUCCGCCGCUGGCAGCCGUAAGCACAAAUACUGUUACCGUGCCAAACUUUGUGUCAGUUUUCCACCAAUUGCCAAACGAAUGCAAAUGCAAAGAAACGGUACGUAGAACACCGAGUGUGCCACCAUUGUCGGCCACCAUCGACGCACCUUCGGUGCUGCCUGUGUUUCCUUUCGGAAACGUCGUCUCUUCGAGCGGACGCGGUGGAUACUCGUUGCGUGGAGACGUCGCUAACGAUUCAGGAGAAACUCGGGGGGGAGUCACGCGGUGUCGGUAACUCGCAGUCACAGCAGCCUGUACGGAUUGACGAGACCAGCGGACGAACGUUUCAUCACUCGCCCGUUGAAUCGGACGUCCUCUCACGGUCACUUGAGCUUCGAAGAAAUGUGCAGAACGAACGAAACGAAGUCAGACGUAUGGAAGUCGGAGGCUCUCGGUACAGCCGACGACGUGCAUGGACGUCUGGGCAUCGAAACGCUCACGCAGCGAGACUUGACCAGGUUGCAGCCACUGCUCUGGCUGGAGUUGACCGCCGUGUUCGACAAGUACAACCUGCCGUUGAAAAAACGGAAACCGAACAAACGUCGGACGAAAGCUGGAAACUUGUUUGGCGUUUCGUUGUCGACUCUGCUGCUUCGAGACAGUCAAUUGUCAUCCGAGGAGAGUAACAUCCCGCUGGUGUUUCAAAAGGUUCUCAACGAGUUAACCAGACGAGGCGUCAGAGAGGAGGGUAUCCUUCGCGUCGGCGGACACAAGCAAAAGGUCGAGUCGAUAUGCAGGCAAUUGGAAACGGACUUUUAUUGCAAGGCGAAAGAGGUGGACAACUUGUUCAAGUGCAUGUCGUGCCACGAUCUGUCGGCAAUUUUGAAAAAGCUGUUGCGCGAGCUGCCGCAGCCGCUGCUCACCGUGGAGCUUAUCGACGCUUUCUACCAAAGUCACGGAGUGAAGGAUCACCAGGAGCUGUCGUACGCUUUGAACUUGCUGGUGCUGCUGCUGCCGAUAGAGAAUCGCUGCACCCUGAAAGCGUUGGUCAAGUUCUUCAAGCUGGUGGUGGAGAACCAAGCGUCGAACAAAAUGUCGAUUCACAACGUGGCGAUGAUCGUGGCGCCGUCCCUGUUCCCACCGCGGUACGUUCAUCCGCGCGAUCGUGCCGACUUGACCGCCCAGCUGAACAUGGCAGCCGUGUGCUGCCAGGCAACCGAAGCUCUCCUCGUUAACGCGAACAAACUCUGGCACGUGCCGAACGAACUUUUGAAUCAGCUGCGCAGGCAUUCCGAGGAGGAGAGGUAUCGAAAGUAUAAGAAAAAGUUCUAUUGACUAGUCGGAGUCGGGAGUGAGCAAGCAAGGGAAAAAACACCGACGAAGGAGACGAACGUAUUGGGAACAGUUGUAGUUAAUUGCGCGAGAAGCCUCAUCAUCGACAAUAUACAGAUCGAGUCGAUUUCGAUCAGAUUUCAGCGACGAGUUUUCAUCGGUUUUCGAACGUGCGAAUGGAAAUACAUAGCUUGGAUACACUGCGUCGAUGAGAAUAACAAUUUGCAAGAGAAAGAGAGAGAGAGAGAGAGACAGCAGUCCGAAUUCGAACGUGUCUGCUUGUUUGAAAAGUCGCACAGUCACGUACUGCAGUCGAUAUUCUGUCACGUACAGCGCGUUGGUGUCACGUUGAACCUCUAAUCGAUGCACGUCGAGUUUCAAGCGCGGGGAGCAAUACGUUCGGGGAGCAAUGCU